AUGGAGAGAAAAUUCAAAUCAAAGAAUACUGCUUAGCAAGUUUAAUUAAAUGAGCAUUUAAUGUUCAGACAUGGAGACAGUGAUGAUGAUGAAGAGUUUGAAGAAACUAAUCAAAAACAUAUUGGAUGGAGAUCAUCUUAAGCAAGUUAACUUAGUGCUCUUUAGUAACUCUAUUUAAAGGGCAUUAGUAUGAAGAGGAAUCAAAAUUUUAACAAAAUUAGAACACAAAAUUUAACGUCAUUGAUGUUCCAUAACCCUAAACCUAAAUGGGAUUUAAUAAUUUUGCCAGAUCCGACCAAGUAUAGAAUAUUAGAGUAUAUCCUCUGA